CGAAACGAGGCUGCCGCCUACUCGCGCCCAUCCCACUUCAGGGACGGCUUCCACUCGGUGCUGCUGACCUUCAUUGCGCUGGCCUGCGUGGCAGGCAUCGCCAUCGCGGCCGUCGCAGCCUUCUGCCUCAGGCGCCAUGCCAAGCAGCGGGAGAAGGAGCGCCUGGCUGCCCUAGGACCUGAGGGUGCUGCUGACACCACCUUUGAGUACCAGGAGCUGUGCCGCCAGCACAUGGCUGCCAAGUCACUCUUCGGCCGCACUGAGGCACCGGCAGCACCAGCAGAGACCUCGCGGGUCAGCAGCGUCUCGUCACAGUUCAGCGAUGCCCCACAGCCCAGCCCCAGCUCCCACAGCAGCACGCCCUCCUGGUGCGAGGAGCCCGUCCAGUCCAACAUGGACAUCUCCACCGGACACAUGAUCCUGGCUCUCUGCGCCUACCAGGCUGAGCCCAGUGUCUGCUCCAUCGCUCAGAGUGAAGCCAACCUGAAGAAGAACCGCAACCCUGACUACGUGCCCUACGACCACAUGCGGAUCAAGCUGAAAGCCGAGAGCAACCCAUCCCGCAGCGACUUCAUCAACGCCAGUCCAAUUAUUGAGCAUGACCCGCGGAUGCCAGCGUACAUCGCCACACAGGGACCACUGUCUCACACCAUCGCUGACUUCUGGCAGAUGGUGUGGGAGCACGGCUGCACUGUCAUUGUCAUGCUGAGCCCGCUGGCCGAGGACAGCGUCAAGCAGUGUGACCGCUACUGGCCGGAUGAAGGCUCCUCUCUCUACCACAUCUACGAGGUGAACCUGGUGUCGGAGCACAUCUGGUGCGAGGAUUUCCUGGUGCGCAGCUUCUACCUGAAGAACGUGCAGUCGCAGGAGACUCGCACCCUGACGCAGUUCCACUUCCUCAGCUGGCCAGCUGAUGGCAUCCCGGCCACCACGCGGCCUCUCCUCGACUUCCGCAGGAAGGUGAACAAGUGCUACCGGGGUCGUUCCUGCCCUAUUAUCGUGCACUGCAGUGACGGUGCUGGCAGGACUGGGACAUACAUCCUCGUCGACAUGGUCCUGAACCGAAUGGCUAAAGGGGUGAAGGAGAUAGACAUAGCUGCUACGCUGGAGCACAUCCGAGACCAGCGACCUGGCAUGGUGCAGACUAAG